CAGGAUUCGUGCUCCCACAACCAUACCGCUUGUUUCCAAUACCAGUUCCGAUGUGCCGAUCAAUCACAAUGUGUACAGAAAUCAUGGGUCUGUGAUGGAUCCAAAGAUUGUGCUGAUGGCUCUGACGAACCGGAAACAUGCGAGUUCAAAAAGUGUUCGGCCAGCGAAUUUCAAUGCAAGAACAAACGCUGUCAACCGAGGAAGUUCAAGUGUGACUAUUAUGAUGACUGUGGUGACAAUUCGGACGAAGAAGAUUGUGGCGAAUACCGUUGCCCACCGGGUAAAUGGCACUGUAACGGAACCGGACACUGUAUCGAUGAAUUGCGGUUAUGCGAUGGUGUGAAAGAUUGCGAUGAUGGCGCUGAUGAGCUUAACUGCUCGCAAAAUCUGUGUCCAUCACUGGGCUGUCAAGCUGGUUGCCAUGCCUCACCUCAUGGAGGAGUUUGCACCUGCCCGAAUGGAUAUAAGCUCGAUGAACGAUUCCACCGAACUUGUUCAGAUGUGAAUGAAUGUGCCGAAUUCGGCUACUGCGACCAACUUUGCGCCAACCAUCGUCCUGGUUUCACUUGCUCAUGUAUAGGAGAAUGCUACUCAUUACAGAUGGUCCAUGGCCCUGGACAGGACAAUCUCACCGCUCGUGGCUAUUGUAUCUCGCAGAACCCUGAAACCAUGAAGUUGUUCGUGGCACGACGAGAAGGUCUUUAUAGGCUUGAUCCAACCGGUCCCAAUACGGAACCAAAGCGGCUCGCUUCAGGAGAAUUCAUUUAUGGAAUCGAUUUCGACUAUGGAGAUAGAAAGAUUUUCUGGACGGAUCGGCUAUCGCAUUCGGCAUUCAGUGCUGAUGUCGACGAAGCUGGCGAUAUAUCCCAUAUAAAGAAGCUCGGUCUCAAGUCAUUAGUCUAUCCACGAUCGCUAGCCGUUGACUGGAUCACAAAUACUCUCUAUAUUAUUGAAUCAGGUUCCCGUCGUAUCGACGUCUCCUCAUUCGAUGGUGAUCGUCGAACUGUAUUACUCGCAGAUGGCCUUACUCUCCCUCUUGAUAUCGCUUUGGACCCUCUGAGAGGUGAGAUGUUCUUCACCAAUCAGUUCAAGGUGGAGGGUGCUGCGAUGGAUGGAUCACGACGUCGUACACUGAUCAAUACCCAUACUCAUCAGGUUUCUGGAAUCGUCGUCGACAUUCCAGCACGACGAGUGUACUGGGUAGAUCCAAAGGUCGACAGAGUGGAGAGUAUUGAUUACCAGGGUAAUGACCGCCGGAUUGUCGCCCAAGGAAUGAACAACGUACCACAUCCGUUUGGCUUGGCACUAUUCGACCAGUACUUGUACUGGACUGACUGGACCCGUCUUGGUGUGGUCAAAAUCGAAAAGUUCGGAUCACCUACAGAGAUUAUUUGGAGCAAUAAGGAAAACAACGUAUUCCCCAUGGGCAUCUCAGCCUACCAUCCCAUGGCACAACCAGGACCAGGGCAAAGUGAAUGUUUGGCGCAGAAGAUCGAUAAUCCAUGUGCCACAGCUGACUGUGAAGGCAUGUGUAUUCUGUCCAAAGAUUCUGGAGGCUUCGGAGUCGGCUACACAUGUGCCUGCCCCAUUGGCCAGAAAUUGGUCGAAGGAAAGAAAUGUAUUGAUUCGAUCGAUUACCUCCUAUUUUCAAGCAAUAAGAUUGUUCGAGGAAUCUUCCCCGACCAGGUCUCCAAUUCGUUGUCGGAAGCGAUCCUGCCCAUAUCGCCCAUAUCUCAACGACGUAUAGGAAUGUACUUUGAAGUGGAGUGCGACGUACAUGGCAAUAGCUUCUUCUAUGCUGACAUCAUGGAUAAUACCGUAUACCGGAUCCGUCCUGAUGGUGAAGGAUCGGCUCCAGUGUUGGUGACGCAUAAUGACGGCCUUGUCUCAAUGUCAUUCGAUUGGAUUAGCAAACAACUUUACUAUAUCGAUAACAUCAGAAACAGCUUGGAGGUUGUGAAAAUCUCCGACACCGGUCUCGUCCAUCCAGAUCAGCUCAUGCAUCGUCUACUGCUCAGGAAUCUUCGUGAUCCUGUUGCUGUAGUUAUUCACCCAUGGAAAGGACUGUUGUUCUAUGCAGAAGCCCAGAGACCUGCACGAAUAUACAGGUGUCACAUGGAUGGCACCAACUGCCUCGUUAUUCGAAACACAACUCUGGGAAGACCUUCAGAAAUGGCCAUCGAUUUCGAGGAGGAUCGACUUUGCUGGGGUGACACACUCCUGAAGACCAUCAGCUGCAUGGACUUCGACGGCUCGAAGGUGGUUGUGUUGCCAAUCGAUAAUCCCAUCCCUGUAGCCCUGGCUAUUAUGGGUGAUCAUCUAUACUACGUCCACCAACGUCCAUAUUCGAUUCGACGGGUUAGCAAGAAAAACGGUGGCACUGGACGAGUAAUCCGCGAGUUUUCUGGAGAAGAAAGGAGUAUUUUCAGUCUCAAAGCAUGUACGCACUCAAAUCAGCCAAUUCCUGAAGACUCACAAGAUCACCCAUGCCAUUCUUCGCAAUGCGCUCAGCUGUGCUUUGCCGUACCGAACAACUCGUCCGCGAACGACGCACCGAAGCUCGUUGCUCAGUGUGCCUGCCGGCAAGGUUUCAAAAUCAAUCCAGAAACCGGAAACACAUGCCAAAAGGAUAACUCGGAGCAGACUGAACCGCUAUGUACCUCUAAUGCAACUCAAUACCAAUGUAACAAUGGUCGAUGUAUCCCGAGAGAAUGGAAAUGUGACGGAGAAGAUGACUGUCUCGAUGGAUCAGAUGAGGUGGACGCUUCAGGGAACAAAUGCUACCACGAGAUGGAAUGCCCUGAGAAUACGAUUCGAUGCAAGAACACCAAGAAGUGCAUUCCAUCGCAGUACGGCUGCGAUGGCGAUAACGACUGCGGUGAUUAUUCUGAUGAAGACGCCCAGUACUGUAAAGAUGGCCAGAAGCCAGUUUGCUCAGCAAAGAAGUUCCAAUGCGACAAUCACAGAUGUAUUCCGGAGCAAUGGAAAUGCGAUUCCGAUAACGACUGUGGCGAUGGUUCUGAUGAAAAGCUUGAGUUUUGCGCAAACGCCACAUGUGCUGUUAACCAGUUUUCAUGCGCAAAUGGGCGAUGCAUUCCUAUCUAUUGGCUUUGUGACGGUGACAACGAUUGUUACGAUGGAACUGAUGAGGACAAGGAACGAUGUCCUCCUACACAGUGCCGCAGUGAUCAGUUCAGAUGUGCCAAUGGUCGCCAGUGCAUUUCGCUGCGAAAUCAUUGCGAUGGACAAAACGACUGCGAAGAUGGCUCUGAUGAAGACAGUUGCUUGACUCAGCAAAACGCCUGCACGUCAGAGCAAUUCGAAUGCAAAUCGAGCGGUCUCUGCAUUCCAGCUACAUGGAAGUGUGAUGGACAGAAGGACUGCGAUGAUGGAUCCGACGAGCCGGCAUUUGGUUGUGCAGCGAACACAUGCAAAGAGGAUCAUUUCAAGUGCGCCAAUGGACGCUGUAUUCUCAAUUCGUGGCUUUGUGAUGGUGAAAACGACUGUGGUGAUGGAUCAGAUGAGUCGGCCAUCAAUGGCUGUAAGAAGUCGCAGUUGUCCAGGCGCUGUCCAUUUGAACAGGUUAACUGUGAAGGAGCACCAGAUGUUUGUAUACCACUCACUGAGCUGUGCGAUGGCAAAGAACAGUGUCCCGGUGGCACUGAUGAGGGCGGCAGGUGUGCUCGAGAUCUCUGCUCAGCAGACCGAGCCGGAUGUGCCUUCAAGUGCCACAACAGCCCCAAUGGACCACUUUGCAGCUGUCCGUUCGGGGAACAGUUGGUGAACAAGACGAGAUGUGAGCCAGAGAACGAAUGUCUUGACGCGAGUUCGUGCUCACAGAAAUGUACCGACGAGAAGCACGGCUUUACUUGCAGUUGCGAAGAAGGAUACGAACUGGAUGCUGACAAACGAACUUGUAAAGUUACUGAUGGUGCCAAAGAUAUGCGCGUCUACAUCUCCAACCGGAACAGGAUUUACUGGAGUGACAGUCAUUUGGAAAACUGGCGAACAUUCGCUGCCGGUGUGGAGAAUGCCAUCGCUAUUGCAUGGGAUAGCGUUUCCGACAGAAUUUUCUGGUCCGAUAUCCGAGAGAAGAAGAUUUUCUCGGCUACAAGAAAUGGCACAAAUGUGACGACAUUCAUUGGAGAUGGCCUGGACAUCACCGAAGGAAUCGCACUCGACUGGAUUGGCAGGAAUCUCUAUUGGGUAGAUUCGAGUCUCAAUACGAUUGAGGCCGCAAAUCUCGAUAAUCCCUCAGCUCGUGUACUGCUUGUUCACGAGAACAUCAGCCAACCUCGUGGUAUCGCUGUUGACCCACGGAAAGGAUUGAUGUUCUGGACCGACUGGGGACAGAACCCGCACAUUGCAAGAGCAAACAUGGAUGGAACUGAUCGCAAGAUCAUCGUUAGUACUAAAAUCUACUGGCCAAAUACCAUCGCUUUGGAUCUGACAACCGACCGAGUCUAUUUCGCCGACUCUAAGCUGGACUACAUCGAUUUUGUGAACUACGAUGGAACAGGCAGAACACAAGUUCUAUCGUCAUCGAAAUUCGUACAACAUCCACAUGCAUUGGCAAUUUUCGAAGACUUCAUGUAUUACUCUGAUCGCCGACUUCAACGACUCCAAGUAUAUCCGAAGUAUCCGAACGGUACCACCGGCGACUAUCCUAAUCACACAUUCAGCAAGGCUCUGGGAGUGACAGCUGUUCAUCCCGUUCUACAGCCGAAGGCCGUAAAGAAUCCUUGUGAAGGCAACCCAUGUUCCCACAUCUGCCUACUUUCAUCAACGGGAUUCUCUUGUGGAUGCCCUAUGGGCAAACGUCUCGAUGCUGCCGGAAGAAACUGCGUUGUGGAUCAGAAGCCGUUCCUACUCCUCAUCCAGAAGAACAACGUAUUCGGCGUUGAAAUGACUAGCAAGCCAAACACCAUCCCGUCAUUGGCUGGAAUGAUUCCACUGGCCGGCUUAGCAAAUGCCUUCGAUGCAGGUUAUGAUGCCGACUCAGGAGAUAUAUUUGUCCUGGAGCACACCAACAUCGCUCGAACACUCACACAAAUCUCCACGGACGCUGCCAUUUACAAGUCAUCGAUCAACGCCGGCAACAAGACGCAACUUUACUCGUCACAAAUCCCUGAUGAUCCUUACUGUAUGGCAUUCGACUGGAAUGGUCGAAAUCUGUACGUUGGAAAUAAGAUCUCGCAAACGAUCGAGGUGGUUCGCACUGUAGGAAACCAAUUCCGAGCAGUUAUACUGUCGAAUGACCAAACACCAACUGCUGUAGUUACACCUGUCUCGAUCGCAGUUGACUCUGACAGAGGUCUACUUUUCUGGUUAGAUAGAGGAGGUGGUGCAGCUGAUGUGAAAGUGGCCAGAGCGAACUUGGACGGCACUGGAGCUUUAGUGAUCGCCAGCAAUGACCUUACAGAACUCGACCAUAUCGCACUUGAUACUGCCAAUCAAAGGGUCUACUUCAGUGAGGCUAAAGCUGGAAGAAUCUCAUCGGUGACGUAUGACGGUCAAGAUCGCCACUACAUUCUCAACGAUGCCGGAAAACAGCCGAAUGGCAUAGCGUUCUUCAGUGAUCGGUUAUUCUAUGCUGAUUCCGCAUUUGAUUCGAUCGAUGUAGCAACGAUCGUAGGCGACGGCCAGCCACCACAGUUCACUCAUUUCAAGAAAGACAUCGAAAAUCUCGUCAACAUCAAGGUUCUGCAGCCACGAGCUUCUUCGAUCAGUCAUCCAUGCAGGACAGAUAACGGUAACUGCAAACACAUCUGUGUACCGCAACAAUUCAGUCAACAUACCUGCAUUUGUGCAACCGGUUAUACCAAGGAUGGUCCGACAAGUUGCAAACUAUUCGAUGAGUCAUUUGUCAUGGUAGCAACGAAGACAAAGGUCGUCGGAUAUCCUUUGGAUGAUUCCCGUCAGAAAGGUAUAGCUAUGGAUCCUAUUGGAGGCCUAUCAAUCACAUCAAUCGAUUUCGACUUUGAGAGCAAGACCAUAUUCGUGGCUGAAGCUACUGGUAUCAACAAGGGCAUCACUGCGUAUGCAAUCGGCGAGUCAGCUCCACGCCCCAUAGUUCGUGACACAUUCGGUUCGAUGACGAUCCGCAGUAUCGCUGUCGAUUGGAUCAAUUUCAAUCUGUACUUCAUUAAUCAGGACUCUGAAAGGACUAAUAUCGAAGUGUGCAAGUUGGAUGGGCAAUACAGAAAGAUACUGUUCACGACCAAGACCGAGACCCCCAGCUCGAUAGCUGUCGACCCAAUCGGACGCUACCUGUACUGGGCUGAUCAGGGACAGAAGCCCAGCAUUCAGUUUUCAGCGUGCUUUCUUGGAUGGAACUCCCGAUAUCGCCUCCGCUGCUGGAAUNGUGAAGUAGUGGUUGGAGCAGAACACGUAGCCGAACCUACUGAUGUGAUUGUGGAUCCAGCCAGCCGUAUGAUCUACUGGGCAGACGCCAAGAAGGACGGCAUUUACAGGUUAUCACUGUGUAUCAUCCCCAUGAGUUAUUCUACGCCGAUAUCGCCUCCGCAGCUGGAAUCUCGCUGGCAACUUGAGCUUUUCACGAAAACUGGUAAUCCACUCAACAAGCCCAACCAAACGUCGUUGUUGCUUUCACCUACCACCGUAGCCGCAUCAUUGAAGGAUCUGGGUGAUGUCGUGGUGUUCUCCUCUGAAAAUCAACCAAGAGGCUCUUCACCAUGUCAGAUCACAGAUAACCUUCGCAAGAGCCCUUGCCCACAACUGUGCUUCUCGUCUCCGGGUACACAGAGUCCCAGCUGCGCUUGUGCAAGAGGUGUUCUGAAGGGGCGCACCUGUGAAGAACCAGACACGUAUUUGAUGUUUACGGAUGGCGACAAGAUCAUCGAUGCUUCGAUCGAGCCAGACAUUAAGGCUAGCCGCCCAUUGAAGGAACCAUUCCCAGCAAUCGAUAACCUACAAGUAUUCGAUGUCGACGUAAAUCUGAGACGUAUCUACUAUGUUACUGAAUCACCGUCAGGAGUUAACAUCAGCUGGUUCAGUAUGAACAAUGCUGAUAAUCCUAGACUGGUUCUUGGUGCUACUAAACAGAAGCAUGCAAUGGAUAUCCGCCAUGUAUCUGACAUGAAACUUGAUUGGCUUACCCAGAAAAUCUACUUCACAACUGGACGUGCCGGAAAAGUUAUGUCAAUCGAUUCGCAAGGGGAGCACCUCAGCACUGUUGCCUCUGGUGAUUGGACCUAUGCGUUGGCAUUGGAUCCAUGCAGUGGCCUCAUCUUCUGGAGUGAUAGCGGAUACAAGGCUUCUGGAGGACUCUACGAACCACGUAUUGAGCGUUCCAACAUGGCUGGAGGAAAUAGGAAGGUGAUCGUUAGUGAAAGCGUCUCACUGCCAGCUGCUAUUGCAGUGGACUUUAGGAAUCUGAGAAUCUAUUGGGCUGACGUGAAUCGCCUGAACAUUGAGAGCAGUGACUAUGAUGGAAAUAAUAGGAAGGUGAUUGGAGCAGGAUAUCGUGCCAAAUCGCUGGAUAUUUGGGAUCAGUGGUUGUACAUGAGCGAUCCUUUGAGCAAUGGUGUAUUCCGAUUGAACAAGGAUUCUGGCGGCGUUAUCGAGCCAGUUGUGACUGACCGUAGAGUGCCAGGAACGCUCAGGGUCUUUGCAUCUGAGAAUGAUGUCCGAACUCGAAAUCAGAUCUGCAAUGCCAUCACUGCUUCUCUUUGUAAGACUGACAACGGAGGUUGUGACCAGAUUUGCACGGUUAUUGCUGAUGAGAUCGGUUUGGCAGCCAGUAAGGUUCAGUGCUCUUGCAAUGACACCUAUGAACUUGUGCAGGAACCCGGAAAGGACACUCCCACUCAAUGCGUACUGCGAACAGGAAUGGACUCUGGUAUGGCAAAGGAAUGUCUCCCACCAUACAACUUCCAAUGCGGUGACGGUGCCUGCAUCGCUCUGGGUGUCACCUGUAAUGGCAAGCCAGACUGUUCAGAUUCGUCUGAUGAAAAUCCCAACUACUGCAACACUCGAUCUUGUCCAGAGAACUAUUUCCUAUGUACGAACCGGCGAUGUAUCGACGAAGUAAAGCGUUGCAACCACAUCGACGACUGUGGCGAUGCUUCAGAUGAACUGGACUGCGCUGCUGCCGUCACGUGUGCGGCCGGUACUUUCGCUUGUGGCAACGGGCACUGUAUCAAUCAGACCAAGGUGUGCGAUGGUCACAACGAUUGUCACGAUACUGGCGUUUCUGAUGAAUCCAAGGAAGCUUGUCCAGGAUUGCCCAUCGAUUGUCGCGGAGUGAAAAUACGAUGUCCGAACACGAACAUUUGCAUCCAACCAGCUGAUCUUUGCGAUGGUUACGAUGACUGCGGAGAUAAGGCUGACGAGAAUAAACUAUUCUGUAUGAAUCAACAAUGUGCACAACACUAUGUCCGCUGUCCGUCUGGCCGAUGUAUUCCGGAGACGUGGCAAUGUGAUGGAGACAACGACUGCUCGGAUGGUUGGGAUGAGACGCAUACGAACUGCACCGACGAGAAUGGCAAGCGCAUUUGCGUUGGAGAGUAUCUGUUCCAGUGUGACAACGGCAAAUGUAUCUCCCGAGCAUUCAUCUGUGACGGUGAAGACGACUGUGGUGAUAGUUCUGAUGAGCACACGAGACAUAGCUGUGGGAACCGAACGUGCACUGACCAAGAAUUCCACUGUGUCUCAAAUGCAAGGCUUGCACAACCGAAGUACGAAUGUAUUCCGAAGGCAUGGCUAUGCGAUGGAGAUGUCACUUGUGCUGGUGGAGAAGACGAGUCGGCCGAGUUGUGCAAGACGGAAAAGAAGGAAUGUAACAAAGGCGAGUUCCGAUGUCAAAAUCAGCACUGUAUCCAUCAAAGUUGGGAGUGCGAUGGUGACAACGACUGUCUCGACGGAUCUGACGAACAUGCCAAUUGCACGUAUUCGUCUUGCCAAGCAGAGUUCUGGCAAUGUGCCAACCACAAAUGUAUCCCGAAUUCAUGGCGAUGUGAUGGAAAUGAUGAUUGCGAUGAUGGUUCCGAUGAAAAAGAAUGCGCCCAGAGUCAAAAGGUAGGUUACUGCCUUCGAUCAAAUCUCCAAUCCUUUCAGGUCUGUGAUCGCAACUACGAUUGUACCGACCGUAGCGACGAAUCGUCACAAUGCUUCAUCGACGAGUGUGCCCAAGCAGAUAAACCACUUUGUGAGCAGAAAUGUGUCGACUUACCAAUCGGCUAUCGUUGUGACUGCUUUGAAGGAUUCGCCAUUGAUGUGGACGACAAGAAGAGCUGUCAUAAUGUGAACGAGUGCUACGAGGGAAUUUCCGGAUGUAGCCAAACCUGUGAAGAUAAGAUUGGCUCGUAUAAAUGCGGCUGUGUGGAAGGUUAUCAACUGGGUAAAGACGAUCAUAGCUGUAAGAGAACACAGGCGGAACCUGUACCAUGGCUGAUGCUCGCCAACAAGCACUACAUUCGCAAGAUCUCCCUUGACGGUAACACAUACGAAAUGGCAGCUCAAGGCUUUGACAACGUCGUCUCACUGGAUGUGGAUUUGACUGAAAAGAAGGUUUAUUUGGUAGACCAAGGAAAGCUACGCCUGCUACGUGUGGAUAUUGAAGAGAUGGACGAUCCAGUGUCUAGCUAUGAGACUGUUCUUCGACACAACAUAUUCGGCAUCGAAGGAUUCGCGGUCGACUGGGUUGGACGAAAAAUCUACAUGUUGAAUAGACAAGAGAAAUCCAUUCGUGUUUGCGAACUUGAUGGACGAUUCUGCAGGACUCUAAUCAGGGACCGAAUUUCACAGCCCAAGGCAAUAGCUAUUCACCCUGGCAAGGGUUAUCUGUUCUUCACCGAAUGGAGUCUACAGCCAUACAUUGGUCGUAUGGCCUUGGACGGGUCUCCAGAACUUGCUGACCCUAUUGUGAAAUUGGCCGAAAACGAUCUCGGAUGGCCAAAUGCACUCACUAUCGAUUACUACUCGAACAGGUUAUUCUGGGGCGAUGCUCACCUGAAUGAGAUUGGAUUCAUGGAUCUAGACGGAGGUGGCCGGCGUCACAUUCCAGCACAGCGUACUAGCCAUGUGUCUAGCAUGGUGGUGUUCGAUGACUACCUUUACUGGUCAGAUUGGAAUCUGCGUGAAGUAAUCCGCUGCGAUAAAUGGACUGGCAAGAACGAAACUGUGCUGAAGAAGACGAUUCAGCUGCCCAAUGAUCUGAGGGUUAUCCAUCCACUUCGUCAACCAGCAUAUCCGAACCCUUGUGGAACGAACAAUGGAGGCUGUUCUCAUCUUUGCCUCAUCGGUGCUGGUGGUAAUGGCUACACCUGCGCAUGCCCUGAUCAGUUUGUACUGCUCGGCGAUAACAAGACAUGCGAGCCGAACUGCACCGAUCGCCAGUUCGCUUGUGGUGGUGACGAUGCUAAGUGCAUUCCGAAGUUGUGGUACUGUGAUGGAGAGCCGGAUUGCCGAGAUGGUAGCGAUGAGCCAGGAAAAGAUAUCUGCGGUAUUCGUAUUUGCCCCGUGGGCGAGUUCCAGUGCUCGAAUCACAACUGCACAAGACCAUUCCAGCUUUGUGACGGAAACGAUGAUUGUGGUGACGGUUCCGAUGAACAGGAAUGCGACAAACCAUGCGAUCCCUGGAUGUUCAAGUGCGUUGCUACUGGUAAAUGUAUUCCAAGGCGCUUCACAUGUGAUGGUGAUGAUGACUGUGGUGACAGAUCCGAUGAAGCCGAUAGUCUUUGCUUGAGCCCCGACCGGAACUGUACCGCCGAAGAAUUCCGUUGCACAAACAACAAAUGCAUUGCAAAAGCUUGGCGUUGUGACAAUGACGACGAUUGUGGUGACGGCUCAGAUGAAACGCCCGACUGUGCACAAGUGGAAUGCCGACGUGGAUGGACUCGUUGUGCUAGUUCCUACAGGUGUAUACCAAACUGGGCGUUCUGUAACGGUCAAGAUGACUGCCGCGACAACUCGGACGAGAAUAAGGAGCGAUGUCCCACUUGCGAUGAUAUUGGUGAAUUCCGCUGUGCAACCACUGGAAAGUGCAUUCCACGGCGAUGGAUGUGCGACAGUGAAAACGACUGUGGUGACAAUUCAGAUGAGACAGAUCCAAGCUGUGGUGGAACCAGUAGACCAUGUUCUGAAAGCGAAUUCCGUUGUAAUGAUGGAAAGUGUAUUCCUGGCAGUAAGGUCUGCGAUGGUACUGUACAGUGUAGUGACGGUCUGGACGAGUCUCAGUGCACUCUAAGGAAAUGCGCUGCUGGACAUCGCCAAUGUGACGACGGUACCUGCAUUGUGGAACAUAAGUGGUGUGAUCGACGAAAGGAUUGUCCUAAUGCGGCUGAUGAGACCAACUGUUCUCAUGUGGAGCGUCGUCCAUGCUCGCCAUUCGAAUUCGAGUGCUCGAACUCUGUCUGUAUUCCACGCAAGUUCAUGUGCGACGGUGAUAACGAUUGUGGUGAUAACUCAGAUGAGACCUCAUCAGAGUGCCGUUCCGCUCAGUGCGAUCCUCCACUACGAUUCCGAUGUGCUCAUUCACGGCUCUGUCUCAACAUUCUGCAGCUUUGCAACGGCUUCAAUGACUGCGGCCCCAAUGAUUAUUCCGAUGAGCACCUUUCAAUGUGUUCGAGCUUCUCGGAAUAUGGGGAUUGCAAUCUGGAUCAGUUCAAGUGCGCAAAUGGCCGCUGCAUCAAUGGCUCAUUACCAUGUGAUCGCAAUGAUGACUGUGGGGAUGCAUCAGAUGAAAUCGGAUGCACCAAGAGGAACGGCAAAACAUGCGAAUCCCAUAACGAUAACGGUGGCUGUAAGCAUCUUUGUACAGAUGUUCGUGACGGCUACUACUGCCACUGUCGCGACGGCUUCAAGCCAGACCCUUCGAAUCCGUUCGAUUGUGUCGACAUCGACGAAUGUGCUGGUAACAACACCUGCACACAAAUGUGCCUCAACACGAAGGGAUCGUAUCUGUGCAGAUGCCAUGAGGACUAUGAGAAUAACGUCGUUGUCGGUGCGAUGACUGGUAAAGACUGCAGAGCAAAGGGCGAUCCUGCAAACAUAAUCGUUGCUGCCGAUGAUGAGCUCGUCCAGGUCGCCUUACAUGGAGCACGGGUCAACCGCCAUGCUGCUGCUCAGGCAGAACAAGAAGACAGCGACAUCGUAGCGAUCGCCUUUGAUCCACGACGUGCACUUCAAUUCUGGCUCGACGGAGGCACUAAUUUCAUCUACAGAGCAUCAGAACCAAGCGGCAAUCAGUCUCACGCUGGUCAGAAACUCGAUCUCGACUUCGGUUCACUAGGAGUGACCCCGACGAGUUUAGCCGUUGACUAUUUGACAGGAAACAUCUUCAUUACAACGGUAUCGAAUGAGGAAGGGAUCAUUGCGGUACCAGGAGCUCGUAAGAAGCGAAUGAGUGAGCCCAGCCACAAUACCGACACCGGCAGCAUCUUUGUAGCUUUGUCCGAUGGGCGAUACUUGAAGAAGAUCAUAGGCGGUCAUCUCCAAAUGCCGACUGCGAUUGUGACAUUGCCAUCAGUGGGACGUAUUUGCUACGCAGAUGCAGGUCUUCAUGCCAAGAUCGAAUGUGCCGAUAUGGACGGAACUCAUAGAGAGAUUAUUGUGAAGGACCUUGUGUUCUCACCAUCUUCGAUGGCUGUUGAUGAAGGAAAGGGUAACCGUAUCUACUGGGCAGAUCCGAAAUACAAAAAAGUGGAUUCUGUGAAUCCUGAUGGCACUGACCGAACGACUAUUGUGCGAGACACGAACGUACCGUGGGCAAUCGACGUCUUCGAGAAUCAUUUGUACUGGGUUUGUCGUGAAACGAAGACGCUCUACGUACAGGACAAGUUCGGUCGUGGAAGAGUAUCCGUACUAGCCUCAGAUCUCGAGGAUGUCCAUGCAGUACGAGUCAGCCAAAGGUACGCCCGCGACGCCACUCGGGCAAAGAGUGCGUGUGAUGAAGCUCGAUGCAGUCACAUUUGUGUACAGCUACCAAACGAUGGGUUCGCUUGUCUCUGCCCCGAGAACGUCUUCCCUGGAACGGAUGGCUCAUGCCCAGUCGCCCGAGUAGACGCCCUGGUGAUGCCACGCCAAUGCAAAUGCACGAAUGGUGGACGAUGUAAACUUGACGGAAGUUGCGAGUGCUCGUCAGACUUUGAAGGGGAAUUCUGCCAGAAAUCUAACACUGUCAGCAGAAAGCUGAUUGGAAGGAUCUCGGAAAAUCUGCUCUUGGCUCUGUUCCUGCUUCUGGCAUUGUUUGCAUGCAUUGGGCUCAUCGGAUUUGUCGGUGUCAACUUGUACAGGAAGAGAACCCUGUUAUCAAAGAAGAAUGAGGCAGCUGACAGUAGUGUAUCAUUCCAUGGAAACGUUAUUUCCUUUAGUAAUCCUGCUUUGGAUAGCAAACAGGAUCCACAUCCAAUAGAGUACAGUAUGCAUCAAAUCACAACUUCUGAACCGGGUUCAACAACAUUCUCAAAUCCGGUGUACGAUCUAGAAGCGGACGGUACGGAGAUGUCAACCUUGCCCGAAAACACACCGUCCACUUCACGAGCAGAGAGUUUCCGUUCACAAAAUCGAACCGGUGACGACGUUAUAGCCACGGGAGCGGAACUCACAACGAAACCGGUGGUACCUCCUCGACCAACUAAAGUGGAGAAGGACAAAAAUAUUUUACUAGAAAAUCCCGUUUUUGAAGCACAUCCAGAUGAAAUCUCGGAUGUAUAG